AUGGCUUCAAAUGUCAUCGAUCCGUGGGACCUUCGUUCGGAGACGGGAAGGACCUUCCACGAAGUUAACGAGGCAAAAGAAACAGAACAAAAGGGUUGCAAACAGAAGUGGCUCUCAUUUCGUGUCGGCGAACAGAAGCGGAUUAGCAAAGUUCGCAAGUUGGCACGGCUCGUUAUCCACUCCUCGAAGGAUCCCGGAACGGUCCUUCCGUCACUGUUCAGGGGGGACCUACAGCAGGCGCUCCACGCAGGUCCGGUACCCCCUCUUUUGGAAACUAUGGAAUACGACGGCGUCCAUCUUCAAGACCUUAUGAUUGCCCCAUUUCGUCUGCACCCAACCGAGCACUUCUACCGGGCACUGGGAAUCGACGGUCAGGAUUCGGACGCGGCCGCGCGGAAGUCGCCGAUCUGGGACAUGGUCGCAGGGUUUCUGGAGGGGUGCGCGAGCGCGCUGGUGCGCGCGGCCGCGGAGGCGCUGCAGGACCUGGGGCAGGACGUGGAGACGGGGGGGCGCGAGCUCUUGGAUCAGCUGAUUCGCUGCCACGUGGACGCGAUCGUCGCACGCCACCUGGGCGCACUGCGCGCGAUGCGCGUGUUCGAGGUCAUCCGCCGCGCGGCCGAGCAGACGAUCAGUUCCAAGACCGCGCGCCUGUGCACCAAAAUGAAGCGGGGAAGGCAGAGGACGUGGGGCGUCCCAAACGGACAUGGGCAGAAAUCGAAGAUGAUGCGCGUCGAGGAGGCGUGCAGAGGCUUGGCUGAAAUCGGGAGGAACAAGGAAAUUGAGCUGUUCAUGAUGCUCCUCAAGCCGACGUUCUCCAACAUUCGCGUCGACAUCAAGAACCUGCCCCAUCAGCUGGACCCUCGGGAGCUCCUGACCCUCAUCAAACCCGCGCGCCUCGCCGCGCGCGCGUCCUUGCUCGCGCGCUCCCACUCCCUGCAAACCAAAUUCGCGCGUUUACUCAGUGUCGAGCGAGGACAAACGGAGCCGGAACACGCAGAGGGGGACGGAAGAGAGUGGACAUUCAUCGAAACGAGGGACUUGCUGAACUGUCUGAACCGCGCGUUUGAAGAUUCUGCUAAGUCGCGCGACGCGGCCUUGGAGAGGGGUUUAGAGAACCCUGAGGUGCGCGAGGCGGCCGCGGGCCGCUCCUUGGAGGGAAUGAUAGCGUAUGUGCGGCAAUUGGAGGGCCUCUUCAGUGCAGCGGACCAAGGGGGGCUGAAGUUUGCGGAAGAUUCCUUUGAGGCGGCAGUGCGCGCGCGGGAAAAGGGUGGUUCCGGCCGGGAUGCGUGGCGGAACGGGCUGCCGGAAGACUACGUACGAGAGGACUCGGACAUUCUGCAACUGCUCAAGGCGGUCACCCAGUUUUACCACCGCUCGCGCGGGAUCCUGACGCUGCGCGCGCGCAAGGCGGCCGAUCGGGAGGUCAUCGCCGGCAUACUCAAUCGCGCACAAGCGCGCAAAAAAGCAAAGAGGAUUCAAGCCGAGGAGAAAAUCCCGCGUUCGGACGUCCGGAGUACAGAAAAGGCGUCCGAAAGCAUGACCGAUAGGACCCGCGAAGCAGACGAACAGGCCCAGGAGAACGGGGCCGUUGGUCUGAUGGGUGAUCAAAGCGGGGCGGGGCCCGAGGGAAGAAACGGAAACAGAAACGGAAGUGAAAACGGAAACGGAAUUGGAAACGGAUUGGGAAUCAGAGGGGCGUCGGGAGGUGAUUGCAUGGGCCAACGCUUUGAGAAGCAGAUUUGGGAUGAGUCUGAGGGGAUGUUUGUCGUGAAACGGGGGAUCAUCCUGAGAGGUCCGAUUGUCAGUAAAGCACGCAUGGUGACCCGGCAGUCGGUUUUUGAGGUCCGGUACGACGGAGGCCGGACCGGCGAGGUCAGCCUCCGGCCGGAAGAGCGGAACAGCGGAACGGACCGGAAGUUAGUCCCAAGGGGUUCGUUGGGCAGUGACGGGUCAGGUGAUCGGCCCUCGGUGGGGGAGGAGGGCAGCUGCAGCGGAAACGGAAAACGGAAAAGAAUCACAGACGGAAACGAGACUGGAUGCGGGGACAUGAAUAGCAGCGGGAAUCUGAACGGAAACGGAAACGAAAACGGAAGCGGAAACGGAGCGGCUCCAAAGCGCUGGCAGGCGCUCGAGGUGGGCUGGUGCCUGGAGCGGCUGUGCGCGCUGUACGGCGCGUCGGCGGACGCGUUCCGGACGGCGCUCCGCGACUACGAGGCGUCCGCGCUGCCGGACGGCGUCCGAAUUCAGUACAAGCCGCGCAAAACGGGCGACCGAGUGGAUAAGUACUACUGGUACGGAGACUUUCGGACGGACAGUCUGGUGAAGCUCCAGCAGUUCUUCGACGAACUUUCGGGCGCCGAGUGUGCGCCAAAGCCGAAGGCGCGCGCGCCGCCCUCGUGCGGCAAGGGUGUGCAAAAGCCGAAGACGCGCGCGCAAGAGGAGGGCGGCCGCGGCUCGCGGCCGCAGCUGACGCCGGCGCAGAAGAAGGAGGUAAAGGAGAGAAUGGAGGAGGAGCGAUGGCCGAACUACACGUCGGAGCGCCAGGAAGGUCGCACUGCGGGUAAAGUGGACUGCUACUAA